GAACUAUUUUCUCUCUGUACCUGCAAAACGUAUCACUGGGCAGAAGGUAGCAUGCAUCUCAUGCUCAUGACAGCACACGGUGAAAACAUAAAUGGCAUUUUCCUUGGGUGACCUGUAACAUUAGCUAGCUCAGAAGUGCUAGCUGUGUCACAGUCAAUGUCUUGAUGACCUUUUGGAAAGUCUGAACUGAGUAUCUGUAACAGACUUAUUCAAGUUGUUUUGUGUCUUUGUUUUUUCUCAGCUGGUUAUUAUUAUUAAAAGGAUUGUGUUUCUCUGUACUGUGCUCUUCCCCUCCUGUGUUCCUGUGCUGCCUCUCCCUCAUUUACCCAUCUACACACCUGCCCUGCAUCAGCCUCGUAAGGCCUUCUGUGCUCCAGAUUUUUCUCCCAUCCAAUCAGCUCCCUGUUCUUCUGCCUCAACACCUUAUUCCUCUCACUUGAACUUCUCUGCCCUUUUUCUCCACUUGCACUUCAUCCCCUCUUCAGACAACAGUUCAGUCUUUGUUGGAUCCUUGUUUUGGUCGUGCGGUCUUCUGUUUUGUUGUUUUCCUGCUCCAACCUGGAAUAAAGAUCUGCCUGAGUUCCAGUUGCCUGCAAUCUCCUGCAUUUGGGUCCAGCUGCUCCACACCUCAUGAAAAGGUGAGCUAGCAGCAGAUACUUGUUUCUUUCUGCACGGUGAUACAGUUGUUGGGUGUUGUUUGGUAAAAAGAAAGUAGUUCGUUCUUAAAACUGCUCAAAACAAGGUCUGCCAAUUAUGUUGAGUAACCGGGUCAUGAUUUCUGCCAUCUAGUUCCAUUAUAUUGGAGAGAGGGCAGACAUUUAUACAGCCAAUAUCUCCCAUACUCACACCAAACAAUCUGGACCAGGGGUGUCAAACUCAUUUUAGUUUGCCCAAUUUGAUGUCAAGUGGGCUGGACCAGUAAAACCAUUCUGUAUUUUACAUUUUAACAAACUCUGAUACAGUAAAGUGCUUGAUUUAAAGUAUGUGUGUAGUUUUAGAUGUCCUAAACUCAAAUAUUUUUAUUUUUAUUUUUAUUUUGUUUAAAGCUCCGCUAUUUUCAGCUUAAAGUCAUUUCAAGAUGGAAAUGUGCAACUUUAACUUUAACUAUUUCUAAAUUUAUACAAAUAAAAUGCUUGAUUUUUGUGUCUGUAUAUAGUCAGAGAUGUCCUCAAUUGGAAAAUUCAGUGUCAGGAAUUAUCUAUUUAGUUUUUAUUACCAGUAACCCAAUAAAUCAAAGGAUAAUGACAAUGUCCUCAAAAUUUAGAGUUAUUUACUGUUUAGUUUUUCAGAGAUAAAAUCGGUUGGGUUUGAGUAUUAAUAAAUUCUUUAAUUAAUAAAUUUCACACUUUGCGCAGACAUCCAGAGGGUCAGAUUGGACCUUUGGCAGGCUGGUUCUGACAAACAGCACUACAGGUGUGAAUGGGCCUAAAGGAACUGUAACAUCAGGUGGAUCCGACAAGGCAGCGUUGCGGUAGGUCAAACUAGACUUCUCACUCCCAUAUUCUAAAGAGGCUACGGCGAUGCUGACAUCUCCUCUGAAUCCAAAGACAUCAUCAUGCUGAAGACGGAGGCCUCGGGGGAGAGGACCAGCCUCCGGAGUGCCUCCCCCCACCGCAAUGCCUACCGGGCUGAGUUUCAGGCACUUAAGAGGGCUUUUGACCAGCCUCGGAUAGAUGGAGAAUCCAAGCCCAAAGACCUAGAACGGGUGAAACAGCCAAGGGGCCGCCAGUAUGGCAGCCAUGUCAGUCGCAUUAAGGACAUGUUCAUGCAGAUGGGCUCAGAAAAAGUGACGGCUAAGGCCAGGGGUUGUGAUGAUUCCUCGCCGCAAAAGCUGGUCAAGCCCACCAACUUCAUCAACAAGGCCGAUGGAUCAGUGAUAAGACUGCAGCACUCCUCCUCAUCUGACAGGGUCGGAGGCGCUGGAGCAAAGUUCUCUGAAACCAGGAAGCUGUUUGAGCAACAGUCACGUGACCAGUCCCAGUCACCAGUCUUUCCAUACGGACGUGAUAAACGGGGUUCCCAUGAGCACCUAGACGACUGGCGAGGUGCAAGGUCUAAUCGAGGCAGUACGGACUCCUUGGACUCACUUUGCUCUAGAACAGAGGCGUCCUCGCCAACUGUCAGUCAACUUAGUGCUGUUUUCGAAAAUGCUGACCACCACAACCAAGGUGCCUCCUACAAAGGAGUCAGCAGACGGGCCCUCUACUCACCAGAUGGAUUCCAACGUCAUGGAGGUGAUGUCAGUGAGGAUGAUUCAAGACAAUCUCCAGUGCGUGGAAACUAUCGGAGCAGGAUAGGGGGAAAGUUUCCGACAUCCUCGUCUUCUGAGGACCUUCUCAGUCCCAGUCCUGGGACAGAGACUUCGGAGCCGAAACCAGUACCACAAGAGGAAGAAGCCCAAGAUAAAACAGACAAGGCUGAGACUACUGGUGGAGAUAGACGGCAUCUCCCUGGGGUCACCACCAACGGAGGCCAGGUCAAUGGUUCAUGUGAAGAAGAGGAUAAACCUUCAGAAACAAAAAAACAUAUUGAGGAUCUAGGUGUGUCCAAAGCUUCAGAACCUACGGAUGAUGCUGUGAUUACUGACAAAGCUUUUGACGAUGCAACCCCUGAGCCAUUACCGACCCCGACUACACCAGCUGGGGAAAGCCAGGAGGAUGGAGAUGGUUCAAGAGAUGACAAGUCCUCUGAAUCUCCAAAGGACCAGGUGGAAGAACCUGAUGAGGAAUACGUUGGGAAUGAGCGGGUGAUUUUUAAUGCAGACGGGGACGCCUGUUACCAGGGUUGGGGGGAAAGCUGCACAGAUCCUGAGGAUGACCUCUACGGAGACGAUGAGGAUAUUGUCUACGACCCGGGUUCUGAUCUGACAGAGAUUCCUGGUCUGCCACAGGAAAACAAAGAUGACAUCCCUCCAAAGAGGAAGAUUCGUUUCAGCACUGCCCCAAUUACAGUGUUCAACACCUACUCCAAUGAAGACUAUGACCGUCGUAAUGAAGAGGUGGAUCCUGUGGCGUCCUCCGCAGAGUACGAGCUGGAGAAGAGGGUGGAGAAACUGGAGCUCUUCCCCGUGGAGCUGGAGAAAGAUGAAGAUGGCCUGGGGAUCAGUAUCAUCGGGAUGGGUGUCGGUGCUGACGCAGGCCUGGAGAAACUGGGCAUCUUCGUCAAAACUGUCAUUGAGGGCGGAGCUGCUGAGAGAGACAGCAGGAUCAAGGUGAACGACCAGAUCGUGGAGGUGGAUGGGACCAGCCUGGUGGGCGUCACCCAGAGCUUUGCUGCCUCCGUCCUCAGGAACACAUCAGGAGUUGUCAGGUUUGUGAUUGGCCGAGAGCGUCCGGGCCAGCAGAGUGAGGUGGCCACGCUCAUCCAGCAGACCCUGGAGCAAGAGAGGAGGCAGAGAGAGCUGCUGGAGCAGCAGUACGCCCACUAUGACGCUGAUGAUGACGAGACAGGAGAGUACGCCACAGAUGAUGAGGAGACGGGGACAACGGUGGCCGGCGAGGACAAGAGCAUUGAGGUGUUUGACUUGCCAGAGUCAGAGGACAUCUUGUCACCCUCGGAGUUAGACGCCACUAAACUCUACCAGAAGUUCAGAGAGCUCCAGAUCAAACACACAGUGACCGAGGCCGAGAUCCAGAAGCUCAAAAACAAGUUGGCGUCAGUGGAGAGGGAGAAGCAGCGCUGGGAGAAGGAGAAGAGCCAGCUGAAGGCCAGCAUCGAGGAGAACAAGGAGAGGAUGCUGAAGCUGGAGAGCUACUGGAUCGAAGCGCAGACCCUUUGUCACACGGUCAACGAACACCUGAAGGAGGCGCAGGCUCAGUACCAAGCUCUAGAGAAGAAGUACAACAAAGCCAAGAAACUCAUCAAAGACUUCCAGCAGAAAGAGGUGGAGUUUAUCCAGAAGGAGGAUGCGGAGAGGAGGCGGCUGGAGGAGGCUGAGAAAGCUCACCUGGCUGAGAUCCAGGGACUGCAAGUCAGGAUUGCAGCAUUAGAGUCCGAGCUAAUGCAGCUGAUGAAGCAGAACGGCAUCCAGGUCAACAACAACAACAGCAACACUUGUGAGAGGCUCAGCGCUCAGCAGCACAGCCCCAAAAGGGCUGCAGCACAAGCCAGAGACCUGAGGGAGGGCUCUCCCAAUUCGCCCAGCAAGAAGAAGAGCUACAGGGGAGUCGCCCGAGACAGCAUCAGCUCCACAGAGGGAGAGGUCUCGGAGGGUCACGGCAGUCCAGCUCACAGUCGAUCUGGUUCGAUUCGUAGCGUGGCCUCUUGUGAUGGAGGAGCUGCAGUCCUCAGGGCCCUCGGCAGUGCAGAAAGCUCCCCCAGACGAACACUGCAGCCAUCGUCCAUUGGCGGUUCUCCUGCAAAGUCGAGCCCUUCUCACAGUGUGGAGGAACGCAGACAGGCUCUGGAUCCAGGCUCCACAGAGCCGUCAGCAGAGGACAGUCCAGAGAAGCUCAGGGCCAAGGGACCCACUUUGAACGAUGAUCUGAGCGCCAGCAGCAGCAGCUCGGUGGAGAUCAGCGGCCUGCUGAGUGAAGCCAAGACGUCGGGGCGCUCACACAUACUGGCACUCUCUUCAGAUGAGAGUCUGGAUAUGAUAGAUGAUGAGAUCUUAGAUGAGGGACAGUUUCCAAAGCAGUGUCAGUGGCAGAACCGCAGCAUCACAGAGUGGACCUCCCAGCAAGUGGCCCGCUGGCUCAUGGGCCUCAACUUAGAACAACACAUCCCAGAAUUCACUGCCAAAAACAUAGAUGGAGAACAGCUGCUACAGCUUGAAAGUGCUGAGCUCAAGGCCCUCGGAGUCACUUCUUCCCAGGACCGUGCCUUGAUCAAGAAAAAGAUCAAAGACCUUAAAGUUCUGACGGAGAAGGCCAAGAGGAACCAAGAGAAAGUGGAGAAACAGCGCGAAAAGCUACGGAAGAGAGAGCUGGAGCAGCAGCAGAAAGAGGCGCGCAAAGAAAGCGCAACAGAGUGACGCGAAUCAUUAGAUCACCUCCUGCUUUACUGUAGCACCACACCAAGUAGCAUCUCGAGGAACAGAACGUCAGCAGGUCCCAUAAAUGAACCCUGAGGGACACCUGCUCAGUAGUUCAAUAGUUCUCAGUGGUGGAGCUACAUGCCCAACUGUCAGAGAUCGUUGAGUGACUUUUUCUCACCAAGCAAAUUAAACCAAAACGAGCAGUUGGAUGAUAGGAACAUGCCCCGUUCAUUUGCCUCAUUUUACACCCAUCCUGUGUUUUUUGCCAUUUAAAAUUUUACUCAGUUCUAUUUAUUUUGCUGUUUAUUGCUGUAAAUUAGGUUUAUUUAUUCAUAUCCAGAGUAAGUCUGUGAAAAGUUCAUCUCAUCCUCAUCCCAUAUCAUCUUCAGAGCCGUUGCCCAUCACAGCACCCGUAGACAUGACGACCGUGUACAUGUACAGUGAUAAAUACAAAUAUGUCUGAUGUGCCAUUUUGAUAGACUUAUGCACAUCCUGUUCAGAUAAGUAGAUCAGUGAAAUCACUCUAUUGCUUUGACGAAGCACAUACAGGUCAGGCCUGUGUGGCGGAAUAUGUGAGGCAGUACUCGCAUCCCACCACUGGGUGUCCCCAUGCUGCUUACUCAUACUACUGAAGGAAGCAACACUUGAACUUUCCAAUAGGAAUUGAAGCGGGAACCAAGUUUCACUGGGAGAAACAAACUCUCGGUACUUGCAAGAACACUGGAAGUGCAAACACUGUAAAUUGAACCUCGGCACUGGCUCGUCCAAUGUUCCUUACAGUAUACAUGUACCAUACUAAAGCAGUUCACAAAGUAAGAAAUGACGACAAGGACAAACUCUAACUCAUUGGACUGGUUCUAAUGGAGACUUCAGGUACAAUAUAAUCAUAAAAAUUUGUAACUUACCAAACCUGUACGACAAAAACAAACAAAAAAGCGUUAAAAUGAAACUUCCUGCUUAUAUGCAUAAUGUUGCUUUGACACCGCUUGUAAUCUGCUUUUGACCUCUUUUUAUAUUCUCUCUCAAUAACAAAGUAAUACCCCGCCGCUGCCUUUAGAAAUUCUAGAGAAGUAGAAUUUUUCUGAACUCUACCCGCUUCUAUGUGAGAGUUGAAACACAUACAGCAGACUUGUAAUUGUUCUUUUUUUCUAUCAUAAAAAUUAUAGGUCACCAUACUUUGGGAUACUCUGAAUAAUAUUUAGGAAUGCUGCCAUAUAGACGAGUCAUCUCUGUGAUCAAGGACCGAUGCAGUGAGUCCAGAAGUUGUCUUAAAAGAAUUUCGCACCUGAUGUUAAACUGGAAAUUGCACCUGAUAGAUGCAAUAUAUUCAUAAUUUUUCCUAUAAAACUGGUCAAAACAUUUUGAUUUACUUGUUAGAUAAAAUAAUAUAUACCUUUGAAAUUAUUUUGACAUAUGUACUUUAUGCAAUUCUUGUUUUAGGAUUAUGACGCUCACUGAGAGACAUGUUCCCUGUGUUACUUCUUUAGCAUUCCCAAGAAUCAUUCCGUAGGUUUACAGCAAAUAUAGAGACACCAGUGUCACCGUGAUUAAAAGAAAAAAAAAGCAAAAAUGAAGGCAGCUUUAGUUAUUCCCUUUUGUCUCAAGGGCCCUGCCUGGUGACCUGUUAACAGGUUUUAAGUACAAGAAGAAUAGUAGGAGUUACAGAUACCUCCAUGCAAUGCCACAGUAAUACAGGAGAUCUGUUAAUGUUAUUAUUUAUUUAUUUCUGUAUUUAAUGAAGCAACUGACUACUGUUUAAUUUAACUUUUACAAAAUAAGAGUAUUAUUAACACCUAACAAUGAUUUAUCCAGAAUUGUAUGAGUACUUCCUAUUGCCAAAACAUAAUUAAACAUGUUCAUUAAAAGUGAUUUUCAAAUGGUUGUUAUCAAAUGAAGGAUUUAAAAGUUUGGAAAUGCAAAACGCAGUAAUACUCCCCCAUCGUGCUCAUGUUUUUUUUCCUCUAAUACAACCAUAGUGCUGCUCCAGUGCAACUCCAAUAAACCGCUCAUGAUGUAUUCUUAUGGAAUAUUUUGUAACACUUGAACCUUUCUGUGAAUACCCCCUACCCCCAUCUCUGUUAAGUCAGUCUGCCGACUGCACUCUUUUGUAUGUAUAGUAAAACACUGAGAGCAAUACGCUGCAAGAAUCCUAAAGAAGCCUUGUUUUCUAUCAAGUCAGUAUGUGUGCACAGUUUGUCCGAGGGCUGAGGAGGAUAAAAAGGUCACACCUGAGGCCAAAAUGUGAUCUUUUCUAUGUGCUUGACUGAGCUUGCCUAGGCAUGAUGAAACCAACGUAUAGAUAAGAUUCCUGGUGCUCCUGGCAGGCGUUUGAGUCAUGGAAGUGUUUGUCUUUCAUGUAUGUAGAGAGCAAAAGAUAAUCACCACAAACUGCUAGCCAUGCUUUCCACUCUUUUAAAAGCUGUGCUUAUUCUCCUUCUCCUCUUCUUUUUUUGUCAUACCUUGCUCUCUUUUUCGCAUUCUGAAAAGUUUGAAAGGGCAGCUACCUGUCACACUGAAUAAAAUGUGCGGUCACUGUC